AUUUGUGAGAAGAGAGAAAAUCCUGCAGGAAAUCGUUCCUGUUCAUAAAAAUAGGGAAAUAACCCCCCCAAUAAACCAAAAAACCAAUUUUUGGAUUUUUUUUUCCUGGAUUAAAGCACCUGGAAGAGAAGAAAAAAUGAUUGUGGAGCUGAACAAACCUUCUCCCAAAGGGGUCUCUGCGCCUGCUGAGAAUUCAGGGAAUUCCGGAAUCCAGGUGAAGAGCCUGGAGGAAAUCAUGUGGGAGAAACGUCAGCUGAAACAACGCCAGGAGGAGAAACUGCAGAAAGGAGCUGGGGCAAUUCCAGCUGAAAAACAGGAGAAAAACAAGGAGAAAAGCCCGGGAUGUGGGAGCCCCGAGCCUGCUGUGGGAUCAGCUCAUCAGCUGGGCAGGAGGAAAGUGGGGAAAUCCCAGGAGGAUGCAGCGGGAAGCCCGGAGAAAGAUCCGGGGAAAAAGGGAGCUCAGCUGCCCGAGAGGAAAACCAGAACCAAAUCCAAGGUGUGCCUGAAGCCUCUGGAUGGCCCAGCCUCGGCCAAGCAGCCCCUCAAGAGGAAGAGCCCCGAGGGCCCGGCCGUGGUGGCCGUGAGGCCACUCGGUGCCACCAGCACGGCCACCCCGGAGCCCUCAGCCCAGGUUGUUGUUCCUGCUUCUCCAGAGGACAGCCCAGGCUCCAAACCUCGGAGUGAGACUUCCCAGAAGAGCCCCGAGCUGCAGGCUGGCAACCAGGGGGAAUCUCAGGCACAGUCGGAGGUGUCCGGAUCUUCCUCCUCCUUCUCCUCUUCCUCGCUGGAGGUGCCGGUGAAGCUGCGGCGCCUGAGCUCGGCCGGCGCUGCCAAACCCACCCUGUCCAUGGAGGACGACUUCGAAAAGCUCAUCUGGGAGAUCUCCGGGGGAAAACUGGAAGCAGAAAUCGACCUGGAUCCAGGGAAGGAUGAGGAUGAUCUCCUGCUGGAACUCUCGGAGAUGAUUGACAGCUGAGAGGGGGAGUUUGUAUUUUUUGGAUUUUUUUUUUUAAAAAAAAAAAGUGACACCAAAAAAAAAAAUUCCUAAAAAAAAAAAGGCGAAAUUCCGCCCCCCACCCCUCGUCCCCCCCAUAUCCUGUAAAUAUUGUUGGAUCUGUGAUGGGGAUCCUUUUUCCCAGCUGGAAGCACAGUUGGAUUGUUAGGAAUAGGCAGAGUCUGCACUCAGUUAUCCCGAAAUUCCGGGGAGUUUGUCCCGCACGGGACAGGACAAAGCACUUGGAAUUCCCUCGGGGUGGGGGAGGACACGGAUCCCAUCUCCAGAGCCAUCCCAGCUCCCUCCUGGACAGUCAAUCCCAAAAAUGCUGGAGUUACUAUGUCAACUCUGGAACUGCCGGAUGGACGCUGCCUCUGGACUCGGAAUUGGGGAAAAUUCAGGAAAAACCACGAGAGGGAGCAGCCAGGUCGGGAUUUUGGACCAAACUCUGCCAGGACGAGAGCCUGACUCGGAAUGAGCCGGGGGGAUUUUUUUCCUGAUGGCACCGGGAUCCUGGGCUGGGCAGCCAAAAUUCCUCCUGGCUGCCUGCAGGAAUUUGGGAAAAGGAGGAUUUCUUCAAGUGCCUCUCGCUUCUGAGGAUCCCUCCCUGCCCAAGGACUGGAAUGAGCCUCCCACACACGGCCGGGAUCAUUUUGGGAGGAAGGAAAAGCACCUGGAAUGUUCCUCCUUUGGCUGCUUCCCUCUUUUCCAGCCUCUUGGAGAUGGGAUUGGGUGGAAUCCCCGUGGUUUUUGGGGUUUUUGUUGUUUUUUUUUUUUUUCUCCCUGUAAAUAUUUUAUUCUUCCAUUUUAUAUUUGUAUGAUUCUAUUUAAGGGAUUAAAGGUAGGCUGCUCACUCUGGUGUCCCUGCA